UGGCUUUUAGCGAGCGAGGAGGAAAGAGAGUAAACGUCCUGAAGAAAGGAGCGUCGGUGAAUGAGCGUGUGGAAAGCUGGGUCGUCCCGGGAGGAGGGGGAGAAGAAGAAGAAGAAGAAGGAGCAGCGGCGGUGAAACAGACACAAAAAGGACAGCUUCUGCACUGCAACACCUCCACACUUUGACUUCCUGUGUGCUUUUCAAGGCGGUGCCAUGGCUGAGGGGAGCUGCUUCGGUGCGUUGUAGCUGUUUGGGAUGACCAGAGCCGGACUUUGCCUCAGACGAGAAGCAGGGAAAGCGAAGAAGAAAGAAUCGUGAGGGGAGGGAAAACAUCUGCUCGGAGAGGAUAAGAUCAGCAGCCCAUCUGGAUCUGAACAGAGAACCUACUGGACCUUUCUCUUUUUAAGGAAAGGAAUUCACACUCGGCAAUAACAGCUUUCUGUCACCUGGAGGAGCUUUAAAGGGCUUCACACAUUUUUAUUUUACUUUCUAUCAUCGGUUGCUGCCAUCUCAGAAACACUUAACGCCAUGUGCCAUGUUAUUGUAACAUGCCGCUCCAUGCUCUGGACAUUGCUCAGCAUUGUAGUGGCCUUCACCGAGCUCAUUGCCUUCAUGAGCCCUGAUUGGCUGCUGGGAUUCCCUCGGUCGCAUUCCAGCACGAGCGGGGCGGGAGUGGAUUCCGGGGAGUACCGGCCGUCUCUCGGCCUCUACAGCCGCUGCCUCCGCAUCGGGACCCGGGGGGUGGGGGUGAGCUGCGGGCCCUACGCUGGGACAUUUGGAGAAGUGGCCAGUGGCUUCUGGCAGGCUGCCAUGUUGUUUCUGGCUGCAGGGACGUUAGUGUUAGGAGGAGUGGCCUGCAUCUCCAUCUUCAGCCUGUGCUUCCAGAGCAUCCUGAAGAAGAGCUUAUUCAACAUCUGUGGACUGCUUCAGGCUAUCGCAGGCCUGUUGCUGAUGGUGGGCCUCAUGCUGUACCCUGCCGGUUGGGGUUCAGAGAAGGUGAUCAGCUACUGCGGCCCCGAGGCCUCGCCCUUCAGGCCGGCCCUGUGUUCGCUCGGCUGGGCCUUCUACGCAGCAAUAGGAGGGACGCUGGCAAGCUUCCUGUGUGCUGUUCUGUCCGCGCAGGCCGAGAUCGCCACCUCCAGCGAUAAGGUUCAGGAGGAGAUUGAGGAGGGGAAGAGUCUGAUCUGCCUGCUCUGAGCCCUCGGAAACCUUGGGAAAUACAUGGACACAUGCACAAGUCAGUGGAGGAGGGGACAGAUGAGUGCUUUUCUUCUCCAUAGCCUGCAUAAAAUCAGCUGAUUGUUGAAAAGUUAGAAGCCUUAGUGACAGUUUUUUUAAUUGUUAGACAUAGUGUUAUCUUCUGAAACAUGCUGAUGAAGGAAAAAAUGUAUUAUUCCUUUCUACAGCUUCAGAUUAAAGUGCCACAGAAAGGCUGUGGUACAGCAGCAGGCUAAGGAACAUUACCUGUACAUUUAUCUACUUUUUGACCAAGAUACUGUUUAUUUUUGUAAUAAUUCUUGCCUUAAACCACUGUAUUGAAAUAGCAGGAGAUUAGUUUAAAAAAAAAAGGUAGUGGAUAUGUUGUUAGUGUUAUUGUGGACAGUUUAAACACUGCCAGUAAAACAGUGUGUACGGUUGUAAUGUCGGUAAAAUGUUCAUUCACACGGUUCACCUGCAAUCCUCAAAAAACCACUGAAUACUAGCAGAUGUCAGCAAAAACACCCAACAACAGCUUGCAUAUGUGCUGUGUGUGUACGUGUGUGUCUAAGUGUGUGUGUGUGUGUGUGUGAAUGACAUUAACUGUUGAGGUUUCUAAUUGUCCAUAUGCUCUGAUUGUGUGGCACAGCAGGACAGCGAGACUCUCCAGCUACUUUUAAAUGUGCUACUCAAGGGAUUGUUCACUUUAAAGGGAGUUCCUCCUGUUAAAUGGAUUGUUUGUGGGUCUGUUGCAGCUUAUUUAGUGGCAGAAAGUGUGUGCAGAAAAGGAACAGAGACUUCGCCAUAUGUUGAGGUUUCAUGAGGGCAUGUUUGCUCACAGCGAGAUAAAGCAGGAUAUCUUAUCAUGAGUUACCUUAUGGCGUGCCAUAUAGACAAGAUCCAGCUAUGUAAAUAUGUCCCAGACAAAUAGUGAGUAAAUAUUUAGAAAGGCCUUUGAUGAGGCUUUGCAGGAUUAAUGCAAAAACCUCUAAUGAGUUGUCAGUGUGCUUUAACUCAAAGCUGAUUAAGGCAGACCUCUUGGUUUGGUUGGUACAUUCCUCCUACAGAUCAUCUGAUUCUAUGUUUUGCACUUGGUCCUUGAUUCAUUUCACAUUGCUAUAUAUUUGGCUCACUUUGUUUUCAUGUUUUCCCCAUGAUGCUACAUUAGUUUGCUGUAAAUGUAACAUUGUGUGAUUGCUUUUAUUCAUUGUAGAUGAGAUGUGCAAUAAUUCAACCGCAGUGUGCUGUGAGAGUGAGUGGACUGAGAGGGUGAGACUGAAGAGUGACGUGUCAUGGAUUUGUAUAAAAAAAAACAGCAUUUCUAGUCUGUCUGUGCUUAAAUUAAUAUGUUGACUGUCCAGCUGUUUUUGUUACAUUAACAAAAGAGUAACAGCAUCUGUGGCACAUUGUUUGAUGCUGCGUGUGUGACAGGUUGACAUGUGUGAGGAGAGAUACAGUCUGUACUUUGUAUUCCAAUAAAAUAGGCCUUCUUUACA